UCUCUGCCGUCAUCAGGCGCGCUCUGGUCUUGCGCUAAAUCGCCGCGCACUACUCGCAAAGGGCUCUGAAGCGGACGGAGACUCAUCCGGAGAACUGACAUCUAUCACAAAUGGUCAAACGCAAGCGUGAGGAGGUCGACGAUGACAGCCAGGACGAGCGCCCGACCGGUCAGGCGCAGAUCUUGCCUGUCGCCACAAAGCUCCCUGAGUCGGGUGAAAUCACUAAUGGAAUGGAGUAUUUACUUACAGUACGACGCGACGCGUACCGCCUGCCUAAUAUCACGAGCGUCCCGAAUCCCUAUGCUCAGCCAGAACCUGCCCCUCUCCCUUGCGCGCGCAAUAGCGUGCAUGCUCUUCUUCCAUCUAGCGAAUGGCGCAAGCAGCAUGUCCAGCGAUUCAAUAACUUCCGAAAGAACCUCGUCCAACCUGCAAAAGCGCCGACGAUCGGUCCGCAAGCCGAGCCUCCUGCUGCCACGCCAGGCAACAGGGAACGUGUCUUGUGGUGGAAGUUCCUGUGCGGUGAACCCGAGUCAGUGUGGAAUCCACCCCUGUCGCGCGCCGCAAAACGCCGGCGCUUCUUCCGAGGCGAAGAAGUAGAUGAGCCUGAGGAAGCGAACACUGAGAUGGUCUUCAAUGAGGAUGGCGAACUGGUUUCUGCUGCACCCCAGAAUGGCGCGGUAUCAUCGGAUGGAAACACGAUUCCCAGAGAGCCUACGCCAUAUUUGCUUAGGUCGUUUAACGAGGACCUAUCCGUGCAAUUACUACGGCAUUUCGCGUUCUGGAUCCGCGGGCAUGUCAAGGACCCUGCAAUGUACGACAUGACAGAGCUGCACGCGCGAUGGAUGUUCUCGCUGCUCGCUCGGCUGGGCCAGCACAUCUCUGCCGACCACAUGAACUCGCUUCGACAAGUAGCACGUGCCUGCAUAUCGCUGCUGGAGGCGCGAAUGCGGACGCGACUGCAAGGCCCUGAGGCAGUUGCGCCAGCGCAAGAGGACGACGACAUCGCGUCGAGUACGGCAUCUUCGCCUCGCUCGCCCGAGACGUAUCCGACACCAGAGGUGACCCCUCGAGCGGAUGCGGGACGGAACGAGUCGACUUCUCCCCAGAAGGCAGAGUCGUCUACGGCCAUGGAUGUCAAGUUUGCGGAGCGUACGGCUGUUGGCAAGGCCAGCGCGUUCAGUGAGAGGUCAUGUUGGGUGCUUCUUGGGACCAUCAUUGGCGUAUGGGGCCAAUUGGACUUGUGGGACGACGUGGAAAGUAUGCUAAGAGGCCUUCCAGCAACUUGACUAGCGCAGCCUGCUUAUGUACCCGCGACUAAAGUUGAAAAGUUGAGUGCCCCUCCUCGUAUCAAGUAUCGAUGUCGCACUA